GAUCUCAGUAAAACUGUAGACGAGAAAACGCGUGGUCAUAGCAAUAAGUAAACAAGAUGGCGGCCUAGGGAAAGUCCUCGGUCAAAGACGGGUGGAUUAUCGUCAGUUAGCCCGACCCCUGGGCAAAAUGACAGUUGUUUGACUCUACAUCAUGGCUACCGGCAAAACUCGUCAGAUCUCCGUGACCCGGGCCCAGAAACUCCCUCCAAUCCGCGAGGAGACGUUCUCAGGUAGAGGCGGAAGUGCCCGGAUCUCAGUCAGACCGGCCGCUAAAUAUGAAAUCCUGAGACCCUCCAACGAUCCUCCCAAACCACGCCCUACUGUGCACGCGCGCCCCCUACCGGCCGACAGAUCCCAGUCUCCAAAGGAACGGAAGUCUCCACGAUACCAGUCCCCUCGUAGCCAGGCGCCACCGCGCCAAAAUCUGUACGUGGCGCCACUGACGCCGGUGGAUACGACAAACACUUUAGUGGACGGCCUGGUAGCAGAUUACCUCCACUUUGCUCAGUACGGCCAUAUUAUUCCGCUCUAUGAAGGCUCUAGUAACCUUACUUGUCCUUGUUGUACCGACAGGAACCGAGAGAAUGUGCGAACUCUUCUGGGGUUUCCUUCCAACGACAAAAGUAAAGUCGGACAUCGCUAUAGCAAUGACUCAAAAUACGGCGGAACUGUGUCUCAUGACUUCAGCAACGGUAACUAUGGUAACCAUGGCACGAAUUACGAGCCCAGUUACGGCGGAUCCCUCUCCGAUCGGACGCUGGUAGGCGGGGAUCGCCAUCGGACCAUGGACCGUUCAUGGAUGAACUACCAGCCUCUUGUUCACGCCUCAAAUUACCUGAACCCGGAGUUCAGCCGUCCGUCUGUUAUCUACAACUAUAACGUGAACCAGACCAGCGCUAACGACGAACACGUCCGGAGCCAGGUCCUGUCGGCUGACAAACAGUACGAACUCUCCAUGGCGAAACUCGAAAAAUUCGGAUUUUGACGUCAGCCAUAUCUUAAAAUUCUUUGCCUCUUUUUAUGUCAUUUAAAACAUUGUCUGAUUUAAAUGAGAAGCUUAUCUUUGCGUGUCAACAUCGGCACCAACACGUAAACUAGAAGGAAAAAAGUGAAAGAAAGUGUUGUUUCAUGGACAAUCGUCUCUUGUCCACUUCAUGAUGUUGUGGAAUCUCGGAAAACCUCAGUGUUCUUCGAGUACACGCACUACUCUAUCUGAAAUCGUCCAGAGCUUCCAUGUAUUACUUGUGAUCUCAUACAUGUAGUAUAUAUAUGUAAACAUUUGACGUAUAUUUUUGUCAUGAUUCGUUUAACCUAAUAGUAUUCAUAUUUCAGAACCCCACUUACCUCGACAUAAAUGAUAUGCUGUCUUUUAUAUUCUAGUCACAAUUAGCGUUUGUAUUAGUGUUCAUCGUUUUCCCGCUUAUACGCAUCUACAUAUCAAUCAUGAGAAAAGGUUUUUGAUAGCAUAUACAUUUAAACAGAAACUUGGAUGUAAUGUUUUUGUAUAGACACUGUAGGUUGUGCUUUUAUUUUAUCGUAUGGUUGUGUUCAUCAUUUUUGCGGGAAAAAUACCUUCUACACGGAUUAUUAAGAAAGAAUUCUUUUUUGUAUCAAUAAUAGAAAUCGUCCAUACCUCAUCUACAUCAUAUAUAUUUUGAAGUCGUAGUCCUCAUAUAUAGAACACAAAGUUUUGGUGCCAGAGCAUUAAACAGAUCAAACUCAUAGACCUGCACUGGAUAUAUGUGUACAAAACAAAGAAAAAAAAUAAAACAACUCGUGUAUUUUUCUUUAAUUUUUUACCGAAACUAGUAAAAAUUAUUGUCUAGUUCAUUUUGUGGUCAGAGACAAUUUUCUAGACAUACUAUGAGAAAUACCAGGUCACCUAACGAAGUUAAAUUAUGCUGUGUAGAAUAUAUUCACAAUAUGUACAAUCAAAUAGUUAAUUUUUAUUGCUAAAAGAUGUAGAAAUCAUUCUUAUAUAUAUGAACAAAUAAAAAUAGACUGAUAUUUUAAAAAAUUAAAUACAUCCAAGGGAUUUUGAAAUAGUUAAUUCUUCGACAAACAAUUUGAGAAAUCUAAUUCAAAAUCUGUAGAGAACUACUAAUUAUGAUAAAUUUAUUAUCUUAUAACAUACAUACAAUAGAACAAUACUGUCAUUCAUUAUUUAAGGUGUACAAUUAGGUCAAACUACUUCUUAAUUACUAGGAGCCAAUGAAAUACCAGCAUGUAAUACUCCGUGCCACAGGAGCCAAUGAAACAGCUGAAGUGCGGUACUCGGCGUCAUGCACGGUAGCCAAUGAAAAGCUUGUAAUGCUCGUGUCACAAGAGCCAAUGAAACAGUUAGAAUACUCCCUGUCACUAUAAUAACUUUUUAAUUAGGGUUUUAAUGAGUCUUUUGUUUGUUUCAUAUUUUCUUUGCUCAAUUUUUUUUACUGCUAUUUCGUAAUAAAUCAAUAUAUCAAGAGA